AACGUUGUGAUUGCUGUUUAUGUGAAAAAUUAUCGCCGAGACGAAAAAUGCGCUGGCAAACUUUCUGCUUUGUGCUAAUUUCUUUCGUUGCUUCUAUCGGCUUUGGCCACGCUGCUGCAACCAACCAACCGGAUGCCAAAAAAUUCAUUGAUGAUGCCAGCUCGCGUUACUAUAAAUUAUACAAUCAAAUUGCUGAGGAAACUUACACAUCCAGCGACGACGAGGACUUUGAUACGAUCUUCUCAAAACUGGCUACGGUGAAGCGAAUUGCAGCUGAACUGGUUAAAAUCUCUGAAGAGGCUAGUGAUUACAGCACGGCGAACAUAAAUGACAAUGAGGUCAAGACAGCCCUGCAAAAUCUUCGCAGAGUUGGGGAACUUUUCGUCUUGGGAGAAGAUUAUUUUUCAUCGGUGCUGAUAAACUUUGCGGCUCUCAAAGAGCUGUCAACAGAUAAAGAUAUUGAGCCGUAUCAGGGUGGGGCCAAUAUGCCUGACCAAGACUAUAGUCCGCUGGCCUACUAUCCUGAUAUACAAAAGAUUUUCCAGCAAAGCAACGAUUCGGAUGAACUGAAAUAUUACUGGGAGACGUGGCGCGAAAAGAAUCUUGUUUGGUCCUCCGUCAAUUUUUAUACCAUUGUUGAAGCUUUUCAAAAAGCUGCUAAGAUCUUAGAUAUACCGGUGCUUGAGUUCUGGUUUCGUUGCUACAACAACAAGGAGUUUCUGCAGGAAAUGGAGAAAGUGAUGGAAGAAAUUAAACCGGCGUAUAAGCAGCUACACGCAUUCAUUCGCAAGGAGCUGCAUAAAAAGUACGGAGGAGAUGUCGUCAAUCCUAGAGGGCCAAUUCCAGAUCAUCUAUUCCAACAAGUACGUGAACAAGCGUGGUAUGCCAAUAGUGUCAUCGAACCAUAUUUUCCAAAACAAAACCUGCCACCCUAUGACACCUUCGUGCAGCAUUUCGAGCCGAAAACAAUGAUAGACGAGGCGGAAAACUUCUAUAAAUCUCUCGGAUUCACCGAGUUACCCAGCAAAUUUUACCAAGAGCAGUUGAAAGAGCAGGACGAGAGUGCGGAGGGUGCCAACUGCAGAGCUGAUAUUUUCGAUUUGACGCCUCAUGUUUACAUGAAGUAUUGCAAGAAGGUGGAGUUCAGAAAGUUCAUGCAGAAUCAUGGCUACCUGUGUCGGGUGCAUUAUGCCAAAGAGAAGCACAAUCUCCCAUCGUACUUUUUCAAUUCAUAUGACUUGGAAUAUCCCGUGGGAGAAGCUGUCAUUCUGUCGGCAUCAUCGCCAAAACAUCUGCAAGCCAUCGGACUGUCUAAAGAUUUCCAAUUCUCAGAGCCCAUACUAAUGAACCGUCUCUUUAGAAUGGGUAUUCACACAUUGCUCAACAUUCCAUUGUAUUUCGUACACACAAAAGUAAUGAGUGAUCUGCUAAAUGGCACUGUGGAGAUUGAAUCCAUAAAUAAACAUUAUUGGGAGUUGAUGGAAACCUACGCUGGCGUCGAGCCACCUUCAGAUCGCCCGGAAAAUGCUAUAGAUUUUCCUUAUAGUUUCUAUUUGGAUAUGGAACAGAACUACCAAACCAAAAAGUUUGUGUCUGAAGUGCUCGGUUACCAGUUUUAUCGCGCAUUUUGCCAGAAGAAUCACCACAGCGGAUCCUUACACAACUGCGACUUUUACGGCAAUCGCGCGGUGGGCGAUGAUCUAAAAUCAAUGAUGUCUUUGGGUUCCUCAAAGCCUUGGCAUGAGACUCUGGCGAAAGUUCUAGGCAACAACUUUAGCCUGAGUGGCGAUGCUCUGCUAGAUUACUAUGCGCCAUUGCUGGAUUGGCUGAAAACGAAAAAUCGCGAAUCGAAAGUCAAAAUCGGCUGGAAUCCGAGUCAAAAAAAAGUCGUUUAAGCCGCAAGAGAGCUGGUGAGAGAUCUUUACUUAAAGUGACUAAAACUCAUGUCUACGUAUUGGAAUAUUUACUUGUAUGUAAGGGAAGCAAAAAAAGUUCGGCGCACGAGUACAUACAUAUGUACAUAUUAAGUUAAUUUACAUAUUAUUACAUACAUAUUUACAUGCAUAUGGACUUAACAGAAAAAUUAACUGAAAUAAAUAAACCUGGUAGUUCUCGGUAAAAAUGUGAACGCUAGAUAACA